AUGUCGUACAUAACGUCAUCCAUAGUGACACUCUCACUUUUAACAGUUGGUGGCUACAUGCUAUUCACAGGAGCUGGUGAAUCAUUCAAUAUUGGUGAAUUUUUAGAAAGCACAUCGCCAUACAUGUGGUCAUCAUUAGGUAUUGGAUCAUGUAUAUCCUUUUCAGUCGUAGGUGCCGCCUGGGGUAUAUUCAUCACUGGCUCCUCCAUUAUUGGAGCUGGUGUUAAAGUGCCACGAAUUACAACAAAGAAUUUGAUUUCCAUCAUUUUUUGUGAAGUUGUCGCCAUUUAUGGAUUGAUUAUGGCAAUUGUAUUUAGUGCUAAGUUGCAAAGUGUUGAUAAAGAAGCAUUGUUCUCCAAGGAGAAUUUAUAUACUGGUUAUUCAUUAUUUUGGGCUGGUUUGACUGUUGGUAUUUCCAAUUUGAUUUGUGGUAUUGCUGUUGGUAUCACUGGGUCGACAGCUGCUGUGUCUGAUGCUGCUGAUAGCUCGUUGUUUGUCAAGAUUCUUGUGGUUGAAAUUUUUGGAUCAGUGUUGGGAUUGUUUGGGUUGAUUGUAGGACUUUUAAUGACUGGUAAAGCACAAGAAUUUAGCUGA